GGAAAGCAGGGCCCAGAGCAAGGGAGCGAGCCAUGCUGCCACACAGCUCCACGGUGACGCAGAGGAAGCAGCAGGCCGCGGCCAUCAUGAAGGAAAUCCACGGACAUGGCGUGGACAGCAUGCACCUGGGCAAGAAGGUCAGCAUCCCCCGCGACAUCAUGCUGGAAGAGCUGUCCCACCUCGGUAACCGCGGCGCCCGCCUGUUUAAGAUGCGCCAGAGACGGUCGGACAAAUACACAUUUGAAAAUUUCCAGUAUGAAUCGAAAGCACAGAUAAAUCACAACCUCGCCAUGCAGAAUGGGAAACUGGACGGAAGCCCCUUGGACGGGGGGUCACAGCAAGCCCCGUUCACGCCUCCUAACACCCCGGAUCCAAGGAGUCCCCCGAAUCCAGAAAACAUCGCACCAGGAUAUUCCGGGCCACUGAAGGAAAUUCCUCCUGAAAGAUUCAACACCACAGCUGUCCCCAAGUACUACCAGUCGCCCUGGGAGCAGGCCAUUAGCAGUGAUCCGGAGCUUCUAGAGGCUUUAUACCCUAAAUUGUUCAAGCCCGAGGGGAAGGCAGAGCUGCCUGAUUACAGGAGCUUCAACAGGGUUGCCACUCCAUUUGGAGGCUUUGAAAAAGCAUCGAAAAUGGUUAAAUUCAAGGUUCCAGAUUUUGAGCUACUGCUUCUAACAGAUUCCAGGUUCAUGGCCUUUGCCAACCCUCUUUCUGGCAGACGGUCCUUCAACAGGACUCCCAAGGGGUGGCUUUCUGAGAACAUCCCCAUCGUGAUCACGACCGAGCCCGCAGAGGACGCCGCGGUCCCCGAGUCGGAAGACCUGUGAGGGCACCGCCUCGGCCCGGCGCCUGCUCGCUGAUUUCCCACCGGCAGGGCCGCUCGCUUCCUCGAGCGGUAACUGAUAGCAGCUUAGCAGUUUCCUUCCAUGGCCUUUAACUCCCACCUCAGGUCAAAUACUAAUAAACCGCUCACAGUCUUGUUUUAAAA